AUGGCAGGCAUUCAGGUCAAGGACGAGCCCAUGCCUGCAUCGCUCGCUUCAACCUCGACGAACGGCCAUGCCAAGCGUCCCGCCAAGCAAAGCCUCUUCAGCGACUCGGACUCGAGCUCGGACGACGACGACGACAAGCCGCUCGCCAAGAAGCCCAAGGUGGAAGAUAGCGAGCUCUCCAGCGAUAGCGACGACUCAGAUGCUCCCCUCACUUCCACCGUGACGUCACAGAACGGCGUCAAGAAGAAUAGCAGCAGCGACAAUGAUAAUGACGAUGACGACUCGGAUUCCGAUUCAGAUGCUCCGCUCACAGCCGUCGUCAAGAAGAGCAACGAUAGCGAUGAAGAAGAAGAUGACGACGACGAGGAAGAGGAUGACAACGAUGGUGACGACGGUGACGAUGAUGACGAUGACGACGACGAUCAGCCAUUGAGCCGAUCUUCCAAGUCAAAGCAGAAAGCCCCGAAGUCCAUGUCUAUCACCGGCUCCGGCGAGAAGAAAUGGGACGUCUUGAUCCACAAGGGUCCUCGCUUCCCCGAUCCGUAUCAGCCUCUGCCCAAAGACAUCAAGCUCAAGUACGAUGGCAAGCCUGUCGAUCUGCCACCGCAGACCGAGGAAGUCGCCAUGUUCUACGCCGUCAAGCUCCAGACUCAGCACGCCCAGAACGCCAUCUUCAACCGCAACUUCUUUGACGACUUCAAGGCGGAUCUCAAAAAUUAUCCUCCUCGAGACGGAACCCAGAUCAAGUCGUUUGACAAACUCGACUUUGGCGACAUGUACAAUUACUGGCGCAGCCUCAAGGAUGCCGAGCUCGAACGCAAAAAGAGCCUGGCUCCCUCUGCAAGGAAACGCGAGAUUGAAGAGCGCAAGGCGGAGGAGACCAAAUGGAAGGUCUGCCUCGUCGACGGCGUUGAGCAGCGCGUCGGCAACGUCAACGUCGAACCCCCCGGUCUCUUCCUCGGACGUGGUGCCCAUCCCAAGGCAGGUAAGGUCAAGCGACGUAUCUCUCCAGGCGACAUCACCAUCAAUCACAGUGCCAACAAACCUGCACCGCAGCCUCCUGCUGGCAUGGGCGAUUGGGCCGAAGUCGUCGAGAAGAAGGACGUCACCUGGCUCGCCUAUUGGAAAGAGAACAUCAACGGCCAGUACAAGUACGUUUUCCUCGACGCCACAUCCAACUUCAAGACCAACUCGGACCGUGAGAAGUUUGAAAAGGCGCGAAAGCUCGACACAGUCGUCAAGCAGAUCCGCCGCGACAUCAACAAAAACCUCAAGUCCAAGGUUCGACACGAGCGACAGAUCGCCACCAUUGUAUGGCUCAUCGACAACUUUUCGCUUCGCGCCGGCAACGAGAAGGGCGAAGACGAGGCGGAGACGUACGGCGUCUGUUCACUGCGCUGCGAGCAUGCGCAGAUCAAGAUGCCCGACACCAUCCACCUCGAGUUCCUGGGUAAAGACUCGAUGAAGUUCGAAGAGGACCUCAAGAUCACAAAUCCGGACGUCUUCAAGAAUAUCGCCAUGUUCCUCAAGACAAACGGCAUGAAGGACAAGUCCGGCAACUUCGUCCGCAAGAAGCCUUCGGACCCCAUCUUUUGUGCACCCGAGUCCGGGAGUGGCAAGAUGCAGCCACUGCAGCCCAGCUCGGUCAACCAGUUUCUGUCCAAGUACAUGAAGGGCCUGAGCGCCAAGGUGUUCCGUACCUACAACGCGUCGGUGACGUUCCAGGGCCUACUCGAGCAAACGGAGGAGUGGCUGAAAUCGCGGCCCAACGCAACCGAGCGCGAGAUCAACCAAACCAACCUGCGUCUGGCCUACAAUGAAGCCAACAGGCAGGUGGCCAUCCUGUGUAAUCAUCAGAAGACAGUCAACCCCAUGCUGCUCAACCGUAACCUGGAGCGCACGCAGGAGAAGAUCUUCCAGAUCCGCUACGAGAUCAUGAAGGAGCAGCAAAAGAUCCUCACCUUUCACAAGCUCGGUGAACUCAAAAAGGAGUUCAAGCCCAAGGAGUUCCCCUUCAUGAAGCAGUUCGACAAGAUCAUGCGCAAGCAGGAUCUCGACACCGAAAAGGUCAAGCAGUACGAGGAGCAGAUGAUCACGGACAAAAAGGCCAAGCUCGAGUCGACGUUCAAGCGCCAGCAGUCCGAAUUACAGUAUCAGCUAGAGCAAAAGGGGCUCGCGGGCGAGGAUGGCACGCCGAAGAAGUCGAAGAAGGUGAAGAACGUCGAGGAGGAGGUCCGGUCGUCGAUCAAGGGGUUCAAGGACAAGAAGCAGGUGGACGAGGAGCUCAAGGCGCUCAACGAGACGGCCAAACGGCUGGAAAAGGAGCGCAAGACCAACAAGUCGCAGGCGACGAGCUGCAACUUUGCAAGCUCGGCCAAGAAGAUCUUGGGCAAGUACGAGAUGAUCAAGAAACAGGAGGCCGAGUUGGUCAAUAAGAAUAACACGUCGGAUGUAGCGCUGUCCACGUCCAAGCUCAACUACAUCGACCCGCGUAUCACGCUUGCGUGGCUCAAAGAGUGGGACGAUCGCCUGAUCGCCAUGGGCCACGGCAAGGGUGGACCCAAGAAGAGGGUCAAGAAGGAAGAGGAGCCGGAAGAAAAGGAUGUCAAGCCCAAGAAGAAGGGUGCGGCAAGCAAGAAGGGCGCAGCAGCGGCCAAGGCAGGGCUGGCCAACUCGACGGGCGACAGCGAAAAGAUGGAGCUCGGCUUGCAGGUAAUGAACAUCAGCCAAUUCUUUGCGAACGCGCUGCAGAAGAAGUUCAAGUGGGCCGCCUCGGGUGACGAUGGACGCGACAUUUCGGCCAAGUGGAAGUUUGUCAAGGAUGCGCAGGCCAAGAUGCGCAAGCUCGACUCUGCCGAACGCAAGGGCCAGAACGGCGGAUCGAUGGCGGCUAUGACGGAUGUUGCCGAUUCCCAAGCGGCCAAGCCUAGGGCCAACGGAGUUCUGAAGAAGCAGACGGCAGCGGAUCAGAAGCUGGCCAGGCCGAUCGAGGCUGUGGACAAAACAGAGGAGAGCGACGACGACCUUAGUAGCGACGACGAUGACAAGCCGCUCGCUGCGGCCUGA